AUGUCAAGGGCCAGGGUUGCUCCUCUAAAGAAGGUCUGCCUUCCACGCUUGGAGUUGCUUGGUAGUCUCCUUGCUGCUAGGCUCCUGAGGUUUGUCAGACAAGCUUUUAGGCUGCCCAACAAUGUAGCAUACAGUUGCUGGACAGACUCUAGGGUGGCGUUGGCAUGGAUUCAAAGAGACCAUAAGAAAUGGAAGCAAUUCGUGACCAAUAGAGUGUUGGAAAUACAGGAUAUUACUGAUCCUUCCCGUUGGUUCUACUGCCCUGGCAAGCAGAAUCCUGCAGAUCUGACUACCCGAGGAUUGUAUGCAGAAGAGCUUAUGUCCUCUGACCUGUGGUUAGCUGGACCACCUUGGUUGAGUCGACCCAAAGAAGAAUUCUGUGGGCCUAUCGAGUGCAGUCAGGCAGUGGAAGAACCACCAUUUGAUGAGAGGGUCGUAAUGCUGACCGCAAAGGCAACCUCACAGCCCUCUCCGCUGCUGAAGGUUGAACGUUGGAGCUCAAUUUCCAAGGCAAUUCGUGUUACUGGAUGGUUCCUUCGCUUUAUCCAUAAUGGAAGGGUGUGUAAGAAUCAUAGAAGGUCUGGGGAUCUUUCUACAGAUGAGCUGCCAGCUGCCAAACAGCAGAUAAUUCACCAAUGUCAAUGGGAUAUGCAUCAUUUGGAGUUAAAGCCCUAUGACGAGGUAGACCCAUAG